AUGAAGACCUCGACUGAGUCAGCUUUCUUCGUCGAGAAGCAUCACACGAGAAUCAAGAAGGCCUCCAAGGCGACCUCCAUCAUAAAAGUAGCAGAAGCAAUGAGUGAUGAUGAGCACGCGGCGCUUCUCAAUGCCCUUCCGGAUCGACUUAAGGAAGCAGACACGAAGGGGGAUGGUGUGUGCAAGCUAUUUGCGAAUUCAACGAACCCUGACCACAUCACGAAGAAAGCCGUCGAGUGUGCACUUGCCUUCAAUAGCACCAUGGCUCUGAAGAUGGCCGGGGCUGGACAUGAUAUCGCUGAGCUGGCUCAGUUGCAUGUUAUUAACCGCGUCUUCAGCGUCACAUGCCCCGGAGAUGAUCCAGCUUUCUGCGCAAAAAAGAAAAAUCUCAUGGGGUCGAGUGUCCCCUUGAAACGAGGUGACAUUUUAAGAAUGCGCGUGAAAUGGUGGAAAUCGUCCGCCUCGAUCACUGAACUGUCUCGCGCGUCGAAAGACCUGGGCAUUUUCGAACUUACUCUUAUGUCCAUCGCACCGACAAUCUUCGCUAACGAUCACUGGAUUCAGUACAUCACGGGCCAGCCGGUCAAGUGGAUUCCAGCUCACCAAACACGGCUCCUACACCCGAAUACUCUCCUCCGGCUUCUACGUUCGGACCUCGGGUUCCUCUGCAUGCAGCAGUGUAAAGAAGUGCAGUGGCAAGGUCAACUAUUCGAUGAACUCGAGUCGCUCCAGACGCUGGACGGAUUAUACCCGGAUUGUAACGGGGUGAAUCGUUACAUAACAAUUUAUAAGAAAUUGUUAAUAGAAUAUAACUAUAAGAUAUAUAUUCUCAGAAUAUUGUCAUAA